AUUCCCGUCUCAGUUCACCAAGCAGGUCGUGUUUGUUGUUGUUUUGUUAACUUAUCCCAAUUCCUGUUGGAGCCAAAUUCACUCUAAAAAGACAAGAGUUUGUUUCUGCGGAUGGAUUAAAAGGGGAGUUUUAUGUAUGUGUCUGAUUGGGAAUCGGCGGAAGGCCGUGCCUCACCUUAACACAUAAAAGUAGUCCCUGUCUGUAAGGAGAACCGGGUUUCGGAACCUCUCCCCGCGCGUCCGGCUCGCAUCAUCCAGUCGGUCUCCGCCCCGUCGCUCCAUCAUCAGCUCACAUCCAGGGAAGGGGGGGGAGGCGGGGAAAUAGAAAAGAAACGACGGGAGCAGGAGGAACCACGUCGGUGGAAAUAAGGAACCAUGAAGGACCGCAUGCAGGAACUUAGACAUGGCAAGGAGACAACAGAAGAAGAGGAUGAAGUCGCUGUGGGGAUGGACAAAGGCUUCAUGGAGGAAUUCUUUGAACAGGUAGAGGAGAUCCGGGGUUUUAUCGAGACUCUGGCAGAGAAAGUGGAAGAGGUGAAGAGGAAGCACAGCGCCAUCCUUGCCUCGCCAAACCCCGAUGAGAAGACCAAAGUCGAGCUUGAGGACCUCAUGGCAGACAUCAAGAAACUGGCCAACAAAAUUCGCUCUAAAUUAAAGAGUAUUCAGCAAACCAUUGAGCAGGAGGAAGGGCAGAACAGAUCGUCAGCUGACCUGAGGAUACGCAAGACACAGCACUCCACGCUGUCGAGGAAGUUCGUCGAGGUGAUGUCGGAGUACAACACCACGCAGUCGGACUACAGAGAGCGCUGCAAGGGCCGCAUUCAGAGACAGCUGGAGAUCACUGGAAGAAACACUACAAAUGAGGAGCUAGAGAGCAUGUUAGAGAGUGACAACCCUGCCAUCUUUACCUCUGGGAUAAUAAUGGAUAACAUCACCCAACAAGCAAUGAAUGAGAUCGAGACGCGGCACAACGAGAUUAUCAAGCUGGAGAACAGCAUCAGGGAACUUCAUGACAUGUUCAUGGAUAUGGCCAUGUUGGUGGAGAGCCAGGGCGAGCUGGUGAACAACGUCCAGCGGAGUGUUCUGGGCGCUCAGGAAUAUGUGGAGGAAGCAAAGGAGCGCAUCCCGAAAUGCAAAAAGUUCAAAAAGACCAGCAGACGGAAAAUGAUCCUGAUAGGUGGUUGUGUCGCCGUGUGCCUCAUCAUCCUCAUUGUUUCUCUUGCUGUCGGCCUCAGUUAGGACCCUGACACACACCGUUUGCUACUCUAGAAGUGGCUCAAUAAUUUAGUGUCACCAUUGUAAAUGAGCACUCAAACUGUGUGGGACUAAUUAAUAUUGUCUAACUGUGUUAUUUUAUAUUGCUCUUGCACAUGUUGUGUUUCUUAUUUUGCACGUUUUCUGAAAAUUACAAAAUGUUGCGUACUUUCCCAAAUUGAGCAUUUGCUCUAAUUAUCUAAUUAUCACAUGCAUCUCUGAACAGUUCAUGGACAACCAAUCUUUUUCAAAACUUGUGGAUGCAAAGUUUUGAAUAAGCGCCAUAAAAAAAAUACUUUUUCAAGGGUGAUAAAAUCUAAUAAAACUAUUAAAAUUUUCAGCAAGCUCACACCAAUGCAACAUUUUUUCACUUCAGGUAGAGAAACUAUUACCAGCAACAACGUCACCAGAUCUCACUUUCGAAAAAGCCAACCUAUUCCUUUAACUGCACUAGCUUAGCGUUGCUGUAUGUCUUACCACAAAAAACUCAGUUAGUUGUCCAAUAAUAUAUCUUCUUUUCUUCCUAAAAUGCCAUUUCAAGCUAUCACAACAAGCAGUGGUUUAAAAAAACAUCUGCAUUCAUUUGGCUCAGACACUGAAGAAAAUCACAUAUUGUUUGGAGAAAGCUCAUUUACGUUUAAUUUAAUGAAGUAAUCCCCAGACAUUUUCUACUUACCGUAUAUAAUUAGUAAAAAAACCCAGUGAAAUAACAACUUUUCAUAUCUGAGAAAAUUCCCCAAAAACGAACACCCGUUAACAGUCUGGCUGCUGACUUCUCUGGAGUCGUCCGUUUCUGCUGUGGUAGCGGAUGUUUCCUGUCCUUAUCCCUCUGCCCCGAGUUGAACCCAAGAUUCAAGUUGUUACAAUCACACAAAAAGUGCAGAGAGACAAAGAGCGCUGUGCUCACUCCAUCAUUUUCUGUGUUGCCAUUAGCAGCCAUACAUCUGUUUCACAUUUGAAGUGUCUUCCUUUUUGUCACAAAAGAAAUCCAGUUAGUUUUGAAAAUAGCGUAAAGCCACACGCUACUGUUACUUAGACUGUGUCAUUGUCCAUAUAUGGUAAUGGUAUUUCCCUUUGGAGAGGCUCAACUCCAGAAAGUUUUUCCUGAUACACAGUCAGGAGAGACAAAGCAAAUCAUUACUUGCUUUGAAAAAGAUAGAAAGGUCCCCUUAAAUCCAUUUUUAUUUUAUAUAUUUAAUUGUUUUGGCUUGAAAAUAUAAUGCCUUUUAUCUUUUCAGUUCAGGACAGAUUUGGAAAAUAAUUUAAUAGAAAUGCAUAUAAAUAUGCUUGACAUACAUGUUAAAAUACAUCAUGACCAUUUUCCAUGUGUUAAGAUUUAUACAACAAACUUUUGCGUAAAUGUUGCUUCGGCUGAGGCUAUUCAACGGAGACCCAUAUCAACAAUUUGAUCAACAUGCCGUGAGAAUUUGCAUGGAUCCACCAAAAGCAUUUGGUCCAUCACAGAAAUUAGGAACUGCCUUUUUGAUUUAAAGAUUGAACAAGUAGCAGUAGCCAAUUCUGUCAUGAGAAAUGCGCCAACUGAGAAUAACUGUGAUGUAAAUCCACUAUUUGGUCUUUAGUUCCUAUCAUUUAGCUCUUUUGCUAAAUGAGAGACAUGGAUAAUUCAACUAAAGCUUGUUAUUGUUUUGUCGGACACUGGUUGCUUAUGAAUUAUAUUUAUUGAUAGUGUUAAAAACCUGUAUUGAGCCUUUUCUACCACCAGAGGGAGCUAACGCUGAUUCUCUGACCUUGCUUUUAACGCUGCAGUGAUCGUGUUUGUUGGAUGUGUAAAACGCCACUAAGGCAGAGAGAACUCAGUAUGCUGUAACAUAAGAAGGCUAACAUAAAUACAUCUGAUCUAAUGUAUUUAUCUUGAAAUACUCUAUUAAAUCAAGCAAAAGAUUGCUAAAAUCUUUAGUUGAGAUUGCUAAAAUCUCAAUCUUUAUUGCCGUGUCGACAGUAACUUUCAUUUCAGCUGAAUUUCCUCUCAGAGGACAAAAACGUUUAUAGCUUGCUGUAAAUAUUGCAGCACUCUUUUAUUUACCUGCAUUUUCUGAAGAAUUGAUUAUAAUCUUAAAUGAUAAUUUUAUGUUUCACUGAGUUCCCUCUGCCUGUAAAGCUUAACGUCAUCUUUAAGUUGUUGAACAAAAUGCAGGAAGCAAAUAUUCAAACGUGAGCUUUUACAAAUCCUUGUAAUGGUUGCACUCCGAGAAUUUCCUGAGAAUAUUUUAUGUUAUGAAAUCCCACUUUUGUUUUCUGAGUUCCACUUUGUUCAAGUGUAUUAAAGCUCUGUUCAUACUGCUAACAUGCUUUCCUCUCUUUCCUGUCUGCUGCGUGGGAUUUUUCUUUUUUUAUGUUAUUAUUCUUUCUUUUUUUUACUCU